AUGACCACUCAUGUGGACGACUCGGGUGUCGUAGCCCCAACUGCUACGACCCCGGCCGCUCUCAAGGUUGAGCCUGGUGCCACUCCUGCCCAGAUGCCCACACCUGUCUCUGCUGCGCCCACAAAAGCCAGUCAGACGCCAUCACCCUCCACGCCCGCGUCCAAUGGCCAGAACUCGGCGUCUCGACGCCCGCCUCGGAAGAGCACCUUGACCCAGCAGCAGAAGAACCAGAAGAGACAAAGAGCUACUCAGGACCAGCUGACUACCUUGGAAGUGGAGUUUAACAAGAAUCCUACUCCGACCGCAACCGUCCGAGAGAGGAUAGCUGAAGAAAUCAACAUGACCGAAAGGUCUGUUCAGAUCUGGUUCCAGAAUCGACGCGCCAAGAUAAAGCUGAUGGCGAAGAAGAGCCUGGAAACCGGUGAGGAUUUUGAUGCUAUCCCGGAGUCGAUGCGUACCUACCUUGCCAUGCAGGCCAUGGAAUCCGGCAAGGGUCUAGGAGGCGGCUUCCUUGGCCGCGGACUCAUGCCUUAUGGCCAUGGUGGUAUGCUCCUCGGCGGCGAGCAAGGUGGUCAGGGCAAAGUUUUGAUUCACCACUUGACUUGUCGAUCCCUGAGCAUUGGCAAAUGGACACGAGUCGGGCAGAACACGAUGGAUUUGAUCAUCUUCUACUCUCCUGAUAAGUGCACCAUGACAUACUACAUCAACAACGAGCAGGCAGGGUACAAGAUCGAGUAUCCUUUUGCCUACAUUAAGAGCAUUUUCCUGGAGAACAACGACGGCGACCCGAAUAAGCUCGGGGGUAUCGUUAUUGAACUCACUCGGGCGCCCAAUUUCUUCAUGGAUUCCUCUCCGACCACCAAUGGCUUCUUCCAGUGCGGUGAUUUCACCGAGGAUCAGCAGGCAUCUCAUUGCCUUGUUCACCACCUUGGUGGCAACCCCAAGGUGCUGAGCGGCCAACUGGCUAAGCUCAUCUCUCUCGAGUCCUUCAUGAACCGCCAUAAUCCCAACCCAUUCGAUGCCAUGCACAGCCUCUCGGUUUCUGCUCCAGUUUCGCCGACUGGUCGACCUGCGUCCCAGCCCAACUUUUCCCAGCCGCAUGUCGGCAUGUUUCAAGAGACGCAAUGGGGUAUCGGACCAAUGCAUCCUGGCAUGCGCGGUCCCGGUCACAAGAGACAGCGUAGCAGAUCUGUUCCCAUGGCGGUGGACUUCUCUAUGCUCCAAACUCCGAUGCCCUCAUUUUACAUUCAGCAUCCGGGAGAGACACAGCCGCAACCGCACAGUCCGAACAUCUACGCGCCAAUCCCUCAGCAGCCAAACUCUCUUGGACCGAUUGGGCCCAAUCUACGGAUUGAUACCCAGGCUGGCUUCGGUUUGGACAUGCGUCAGUAUCCACUUUCUGCCACAACCGCCCCGUCGCCGUCCGACUACUCGAGCCCGAACUUCUUCUCACAGGCCCCUGAAAACACGCCGUUGCCAGCAUCCAGCUAUAAUACACCAUACAGCAGCACCUUCUUGUCCCCGAUGGUGAACCCGUCGAACUUGGUGCCCCCUUCAGUCUCACCGUUGUCCUUCAAUGGUGGCCACGGAGACCCAGCCAUCGUUGAUCAGUCGCCGCCCCUGUCCAUGAUGGGACGGCCCUCUUCAGCGGAUCUAUAUCCAGUUCACGAGUCCUCGGCUAUAUCCGACGAUGGUACAAGUCUGAACGAGAUGUAUUCCAAACACACAAUCAACUUGCCUAUGCAUCCUCAUUCUCCGGCGUAUAUGGACCCCAACCAGGCUGACCUGGAUAUGAACCAGCUGGUGUCUUUUGACACUGUGGAUCCCGCCAGUCUUUCUCCUGAAAGCAUUCAACACGCCCAAUGA